AGAGAGGUUGGGAAACUGUCCUGAAUGCAAAGUAUAUCUCGGUUGCGCUCCAUUGAAAAAACUCAGGGCCGACCAUAGUGUGCAACAUAUUAAGGCUGCAAUCUUUGAUUCCUUAAAAAGAAGAGAGCCUAAUCCUUUGCUUACUACAAUAGAGUCAAUGGAACCUGAAGUUAUGCCCACUAUUCCAUUGCUUUCCAGAAGUAAGGAAAGAUAUCUCUCUUCCUUGGUUAGCCAACCUAAGGCGUCAAAUAGGGCUGCAACGAGUAGAAGAAAGAAAUCCUUGCCAAGAAAGUUCGUUGCUUCACGAGGAUCCACUUUAUCCGUUGAGGAGCCAAUGAAGAACAGGGAAGCCAUUCCCGAGAACUCAAGCCCUCUUGUGACUCUAACCAAGAUUGCAGAAAAUAAAAAGCCGAAUUUCUUUGCUGGCGAGUCAUCUAAGCAAAAUGUGCCUUGUGAAUGUGCAAAGGCCCCUGUUGAGCCAUUGGAAGGUACGACUGCUCUUUGGAAACCUUUGAAUUGUCUUGUAGAAACUGCAGGUAUAACAAAGCCUGGCAAGUCUAUUGUGCAAGAAUCUGUGGCAAAUUCAGCACUGCCCGUUGUCCAUGAAGAUGAAGAAAAUGCGAACAAAAUUACCAAAUUGAAGGAACGAGCUAAUAAAUCAACUGGCAUUUAA